AAAAUGAGUGUUUUAAAGUGCUUUUUGAGUGAAUUUUAUUUUUAUUUAACUAGUAACGUCGAAUAUAAUAAUAAUUUGAUAAAGUGUCACUCGAGAAAGUUAUGUGAAUUGGGUGAUUUUAGUUUUUCGUUGCAAUCAGUGAAAGGACUAAAAGGGGUAGAGUGUAUUUUGAAUAAAUUAGCAGAAAACGAAAUAGAUAGAGAUGAUUUUUUAAAGUCUUUAGUUAGUGUACAAUGGCCCUUAAAAAUAUCGAAGGCUAUUUGGAUAGAUAAUACGUUUCAUGGUUUUUUUAAUAAGCCUUCAGCAUUUUUUGCCAUCAUACAGGGUGUUUUGGAGAAGAAAGACAACUAUGGUCGUCACUUUUUGCAUUCUCGUUAUAAAUUCAAUUUCGAAUUGCCUUUUGAUAGUGAAGAAGUGGAAGGCAAGCAACCAAAUGAGUUGAGAAUGUUGGUUUUUUGUAAUGCUCUAAAUAAUAUUUUAAAAUUUAGAGAAAGUGACGCAGAAUUUGUUUCAAGCGAAAAAGUAGUGAAAGUUCGUUUUGUAUCUAAUAGGGUCCAUUCGAAUAAUGAUGUAAUACUUUUGUGUGGUCCUGUCGUCAGUAAAAAAGACUCGAAAAAACUCCUCGUCACCGCGGAAGAGUUUCACAGAAAAAGGGCAGUAGAUAUGAGACUUAUGGCCGAACACAAGUAUGGCAUAAGGCUCGCCCAAAAUUGGCAAGAAUUGUUUAAAAAGUUAGGAGAAGCUGCUGCUAUAAUAGAAUUGCUACAGAAUAAAAUAAGCCAAGCCACAGUUGUGGAUAUUGACGAUUAUACAGUAUCUAGUAGCAAAGGUGCUUCUUUUAUUUUAUAUAAUUGUGGUCGUUUAUCGACGUUAUUUAGAAAUUUCGAAAAGAAAGUUUCCGAAAAGGUGUACCCUCCAUUGUCCAGCGAUAUUUCAGACGUUAACUUUGCUCUUUUAACAGAACCGGUGAGUUGUUCUUUAAAGAUGCAUAUAACAUAUACAUACAUAAGUAGAGACUAGAUACAAUGUGUUGCUAUUUGUGCUAAAAUUGGCCAUUGUUCUUGCUCAAUAUAGUGUGAAAAGUUCAGUCCGGUUUUUCUUUCCUCUGUUCUCUUGUUCUGAACAACCGACUGAUUUAAUUUCGAAUUGUCGUUUGAACAAUGAGCAUUUUACAAUAAAAGUCCAGUUGUGUUUAUCAUUAUGAUUAUUAUUAUAUUCCUACUUUACAAGACAAUCAUUUUGUAGUUUC